AUGCAUCAGUGCCAGGGUCUACCGCAUCGCGGAAAGGCUGUCAAAUCCCAGGCCACCAUUCGACUGCGACUCCGCCACAGCAUCCCCGCGCCGGAAGCUUGGUGGAUCCCUCGCAAGCCCAACAAGCUUGAAAGAGGUCAAUUGAAGAGAGCAGCGGGUAUUAAUCCUCACCAAAAGGCCAACCAGGCACAAGCAUGCGAUCGCUUUGGAUGGCUGGCUCGGCUUCGUCCGAAGCCACAUCGGCAAAUGUUCAUCAGCGAGAGAGGUGAGCUCUAG